AGCAGCGUUGAAUGAGAGGAAGGCACCACGUUGCUGACUGCUGUAUCUGUGUGUCUGUGUCAAUUUGCUCUUGUGCGCGCUGACAUGAAGCUCUGCAAUGUGGCAGGUAUACUUUUCUCAGCUUCCGCCUUCAUAGUCGCAAAAUGCCAAGUUGCCAAGGUGGGCGAUGGGUCAAAGCUUGCUGCUCAACACGCUAAACUGAAAUGUCAGUACGUGGAGAAACCUGAACCUCCGAAGGACACAAUAUUAAAAGUAAAAGGAAGCGGCUUUCACAAUGAAGACUAUCUAAACACACUGAAGAAAGCCAGCCGUGUUUGUUUGCCAAAACCAUGCGAGAACAUAACGGCAUAUUCUGGAUAUAUUCCUGUUGACGAAAAGAAAGAGUCGUCAUUCUUAUUCUUCUUGCACAUUAAAUCAGAGGAUGAUAUGAAGAAACCUCUUCUCUUGUGGCUGCAAGGUGGACCUGGUAAAUCUUCGCUUUUUGGCCAAUUUCUGGAGAAUGGGCCCCUUGGAAUCGACACCUCAGGCCAACUCUUCUACCGACAACACACUCUUCAGCGUGAUUUCAAUAUAAUUUACCUGGACCAGCCUGUUGGAUCAGGAUACAGCUUCGAUAUAAAGGGGAAGUACCUAUCCUCGCUCGAAGAUGCAUCCACGCAUGUCAUAACAUUUUUCGAACAAUUCCUGGAAAUAUUUCGCGAAUACAAAGGAAGAGACUUCUAUAUAGCUGGCGAGUCUUAUGGAGCAAGAUUCACCGUUGGAGUGGCGCAUAAGUUAAAGAACAAGCUACCCCUGAAGCUCAAAGGGGUCAUGCUUGGCGUCGGUUUUCUAUUCCCUCUUCUAGACAUCAUUAACUCCACUGAUUUCCUUUAUUACGCAAGGCUCCUGGACAACUGCAGUCGCGAUUUGUUCGCUGAAAGAUUUGACAAUAUCAAGCACUUAGCUGCGCAUAAAAAAUAUCUGCUAAACGCUACUGUACUAUUGAGCCAAACAGUUUUAAACUUGCGUAAGCCAGGUCAAACAAGCCUAUUUGAAAAGCUAACCGGCUUCAAACACCACGGAAGCAUAAUAUCCCCUCAAGUACCCAAGGAAGCUCUUUUUUACUACCGUUAUGCAAAUAGCUCGGGCUUCAAAAAAAUUAUUCACGUUGACGCUACAAGGACACUUGAUGGCACGAGGUACAACGUAGCGAUGCAACUGGCGUUACACGACUUCUUUGUAGAUCACCGCGAAGCAUUACUUUACGUAUUAAAUAAUGCGCGUGUCCUUUUUUACACGGCGCAACUGGACGACGUGUUUCCGGCCCUUAACAUUGAUCAGUCCUUCAAGAAGCUACAAUGGCGAGGAUAUGAGGCAUUCAAAGUAUCUCAACGCAUGCAUUGGCACCGACAAAAUAACGCAUCACUUGAACUCCUCGGUUACUUGAAAAGAGCUGGCGCUCUCAUGUAUGCCAAUGUUUUAUUUGGAGGUCACUACAUUUCACUCGAUCGUUCGUCCGCUGUAAGCGAACUGUACAGCCACUUUCUGAAAGUCAUGAAAGGACCACCUGCACAGCCCAGUCCCGGAGAGACUAAUAGCUGUUAGUUCCAUCUACCGAGAUGUACGUGAAUCAAAAUAAACAAAGUAAAC